UGUCUUUGCCUUAUAGAGUGGAGGGUUAUCCGGCUGCUCUGCCUUGGCACUGAAAGAUUAGGCCCAACCUGUCCCCGCUGUGUUUACAAGAGACAUAAGGACAGAAUGAAUGGUACAAUGGAUGGGAACUACUACCACACUCCUCAUGACAGCUCCUUCAUGUUUACCUCAGAGUCUGUAGGAGAGGGACAUCCUGAUAAGAUAUGUGACCAGAUCAGUGAUGCUGUGCUGGACGCUCACCUGAGACAAGACCCCGAUGCUAAAGUGGCUUGUGAGACGGUGUGUAAGACCGGCAUGGUGCUGCUCUGUGGGGAGAUAACGUCUCGAGCAUAUGUGGACUACCAGAAGGUGGUGAGAGAAAUCAUUCAGCAUAUCGGCUAUGACGAAUCGGACAAAGGAUUCGACUAUAAGACCUGUAACGUGCUGGUGGCCCUGGAGCAGCAGUCUCCCGACAUCGCCCAGGGAGUUCAUGUCGAUCGUCCUGAGAGUGAAGUUGGAGCUGGAGAUCAGGGCUUGAUGUUUGGAUAUGCCACAGAUGAGACUGAAGAGUGCAUGCCUCUGACUAUAGUCCUGGCACACAAACUCAACGCCAAGAUGGCCGAACUGAGACGAAAUGGGACAGUGCCCUGGCUCCGCCCCGACUCCAAAACACAGGUGACAGUUCAUUACACCCAGGAAAAUGGUGCGGUGAUCCCCAAGAGAGUCCACACCGUGGUGAUCUCAGUGCAGCACGAUGACUACGUGAGCCUGGAGGAGCAGAGGAAGGUCCUGAAGGAGAAGGUCGUCAAGGCCGUGGUGCCUUCAAGGUACCUGGACGAAGACACCGUCUAUCACCUGCAGCCCAGCGGACGCUUUGUGAUCGGUGGACCACAGGGUGACGCCGGAGUGACAGGCAGGAAGAUCAUAGUAGACACAUACGGCGGUUGGGGGGCCCACGGUGGAGGAGCUUUCUCUGGGAAGGACUACACCAAGGUGGACCGAUCGGCGGCCUACGCUGCCCGCUGGGUGGCCAAGUCUCUGGUGAAGUCCAAACUGUGCAGGAGGGUGCUGGUUCAGGUGGCGUAUGCGAUCGGAGUGGCUCACCCGCUGUCCAUCUCCCUGUUCACCUAUGGCACCUCUCAGAAGAGCGAGAAGGAGCUUCUACAGAUCGUCAAUAAAAACUUCGACCUCAGACCUGGAGUCAUCGUCAGAGACCUGGACCUAAAGAGGCCGAUUUACCAGAAAACAGCCUGCUACGGACACUUUGGGAGAAAGGAGUUCCCGUGGGAAGUCCCGAAGAACCUCAACUUCUAGAGUGUGAGCAGAGUGUGAGCAAUUGAUAGAAAGCUGUUCUCAAGUUCUUGUCAGCUGCAGGGGGAGCGAGUGGCAUGCAGAUUAUCUGUUGUCAGUGGUUGGAGGUUUGUGUUUGAGGGGUUUCAUCUAUAAUUUAUCAAUUUGAUGUCCCUCAACAGCAGCCAGACAUAUGAGCGAGUUCUCUGAUAUAGCAUACUGUCAGCAUCUUUUCGGAUUAGAACUAACUGAACGACCGAAUUGCAGGAGAGAAACCAUGAUUUUUCACACAAAGAACUAUAAUGUCUUAAUAAUAAACCAAAUAUUACGUUAAGUUUCUGUUACAGAUUUAAAGGUCCUAAAGUUCUCAUUUAUGGAAGAUUUAAUUUUUUUUUUUUGUGGUUUUAAAAAUCAAACCUCAACUCUUCAGCUACUUCUUUUUCUCUUCAAAGAUCCAUGUGCAUUUUUGUAGAAACUGAAGACCCAAAGCAAGCAUAAAAUGUGAUCUCUGAGGGAGAUAAAGGCGUCCCAAAGAAGUUGCAAAUAUUAGAGCCUCGGGGAAAACCUGCACAUAUCAUAACAUUUCUACAACAGGUUUUAUAUGAUAGACUGGUGGCUGUAGAAUCCCUACAGGUUUGGGCUGGAUGAUGUGAAGCCUGUGGAGAUAUUACAGGUACAUUCUUCACGUUUUAAGAGUUUGAGUUCAGUUUUUCAUUUAUUCGAAACACUUUUAUAAGCUCCUCCAAUGUCUUUAAAGUGUAGUACGUGUGUAGUACUGGUGAAUGACAAUGGAAAUAUUUCAAGGGGACACAAAAAAAGUCAUGAAAAGGAUUGUUAUGCUGCCAGUUUGAAUGAAAAUUGUGUCAUUAUUCUGAUUAUUUGUAUUACCUGGCUUAUAAAAUGCAAAAUAUGUAUAAGGAAUCAUCAGGUUCCUGAAUAACAAUCACUUUCCAGCAUGUUUGUCGCUUUUUGGCCUCCCCUGGGAACAUCUCUAUUGGUCAUUUGUGCUUCUUGCAGCACGUCUCUGUAUUGUCUGGUGCUGUGGGUAUUUGCAUUACAUGUGUUGUCAGAUAGUCUCUAUAUCCUGCACCAAUGCUGAUUAAAAUUGAGAUUCUGAGGCCUUAA